GAAGUGCAUUAGGUGAGGAGAUCGUGCUCUAUAAAAUGACUAUUUAUGAUCACAAAUUAAGAGAAGAAUUAGAAGUCAUCACUUGUAAACAAAAACAUGUCUAAAAUAGUUAGCAUAGCCAUUUUAGCCAUUUCAGUUGCUUCACUUCUGCACAUCACUGCAGCCAAGACCCUUGUUGUUGGAGAUGACUUAGGAUGGUUAGUGCCUCCAGGAGGGGACUUUACUUAUGCUGCAUGGGCUUCCAUUAAUGUUUUCACCGUCGGCGACAUUCUCGUGUUCAAUUUCACAAGUGGACAACAAGAUGUAGCAAGGGUUACAAAAGAAGCAUACUUAUACUGCAAUUCAACAAAUCCUGUAGCCCUAAAAACAACUGGUCCUGCAAAUUUCACCUUAGAUACAACUGGUGAAUAUUUCUUCAUUUCUACAAUGGACAAACACUGCCUAUUAGGUCAAAGACUAGCCAUCUAUGUGAUUGCCCCGGGAGCCGUUAUUCCCAGUCCUGGUCCUCAGGCAGCUCCUUCAGCGGUCCCGAAUAGAGCUCCGGUGACCUACACGGUGGGUGAUGAAAUGGGUUGGAUUGUUCCUCCUGGAGCUGGACUUGCUUAUAUGACUUGGGCAUAUAAUAAGACUUUUAUCGUUGGAGACUUUCUAGUUUUCAACUUUGUGGAUGGACUAGGAGAUGUUGCUCUAGUAACAAAACAAGCCUACGAGACAUGCGACACCAAUAGCACCAUUCAACUCUGGUCUACAGCCCCAGCCAAGAUCUUACUCAAUGCUACCGGUGAUUAUUUCUUCACUUCCACCUAUCCACGGCGGUGCACAUUGGGUCAGCAGCUAGCCAUUAGGGUGGUAGCCUCCAGCAGCGGUGGCACUGCUCCGUCUAGCAGUAUCGCCAAUCCGCCUUCGACCACAAGUAAUCCUAUCAAUGAGGUAGAUGCACCCAGUGUGCCUACGUCACCUCCUCCAGCCAGCUCAGCUCAUCCAUCACCCAUAAUUGCUGGAUUAUAUAUUAUUUUUCUAUCCAUUUCGUCCAUUGCUUUGUUUUAGAGGGUUUUAGAGCUGCUCGUUUAUAUAUUAUUUGUCUCGUUGAGUUUAAUAAUUUUUAUUGUGAUGACCAUUUAUUCUUCACCAUUGGUCUGUCAUUAUACCAUUGUCUGACAUGUUGCUAUUAUUAUUAUUAUUAUUAUUGGAGAGGAGAGAUUAGAAUCUUGAA